ACGGUGGUUUGGGCGGUCCUUGAAGCGGAAGCGUGCCUCGGCUGAUCUCUCGCUGUCAUUCGGCCACGGUCGGUUCCAGGAGAGAGGGGCAGCCAAGAAACACACACAAGGAUCGGCUGGCUCUGUAGGAAAGACAGCAAGCAAAAAAUAACCCCAAGUCAAACGGACAAUGAAACCGAUCGAAUAAGGCUCAAAAGGGAACCCUGCUCAGCUGCCACAUUAACAAAGCUAUUCGAUGAUCGAGUCCAGAUCAGAGGCAGCAGAUAGAGAGCUGUGUCAUUGAGAGGCAGGACACGUCAGGAGAAGGGAGAGAGAGAGAGAGAGAGAGAGAGAGAGAAAAAAAAAGCUGACCGACUGCACUGUACGAGUCAGCUAUUAAAUCGCCUCUGAAAAGCUUUGCCUGCCGCACUCAUCGCUUCAAGGACAUCUUCUCGCUGUCAGCCCGAAGCAAAGGAGCUCGACAAAAAGGCAUCUCCGAGGUCGAAGGGGGUGAUCAGAAGUCUGACCAAAGAGAUCGCAGAAUAGCAUUUGUUCUGGGGGGAGAGAACAAAUGGGGGAUUACGGGUUCGGAGUCCUAGUUCAAAACAACACUGGCAACAAGUCUGCUUUCCCGGUCCGAAUCCACCCGCAUUUGCAGCCCCAGCACCACCACCAGAAUGUGUCUCAGAGCCCCGCUGCUUUCAUAAACAGCACUACAGCCACAGGGAAUGGCACUACGGGAGGUUCUCCCUGGCUCUUCCCUACCUCUGCCACCCACAACAGUGUGCAAGACGAAAUCCUCGGGGGCGCAGAGAAGCCCAAAGCACAGCAGCAACAGGAAAUGCAAGAAACUCAAGAAAAACAGCAGCAGUUAUCUCCUGGGGGUCACCAGGAGACUGGGAGCGGUGGCGGGAUAAUUGCAGAACUGGAAAAAUCCCGAUCAGAGGAAGUCAAGACAGAGAAUGGCACGUCAGAGGGCAGCAACGGAAAAGAGAAGCAGCUUCGUCUUGAGUCACCUGUCCUGACUGGAUUUGAUUAUCAAGAGACAUCUGGUCUAGGUGGAACAGGCCCGGUACAGUCGAGCACAACCUCGUCAUCCCUUACUGGCUUUAACAACUGGUCAGCUGCCAUCCCACCUGCACCAUCAACAAUCAUCAACGAGGACGUCAGCUUUUUUAACCCAGCCUCUGCUAACAACGGGCCUCUGCUGUUCCAGAACUUCUCACACCACGUCAGCCCGGGGUUUGGGGGAAACUUCUCACCCCAGAUUGGACCGGCUCCGGCCUUGUCCCAGCACCACCCUGCCCCGCCGCCUCACCCCCAUUUCCAACACCCCCACAACCAACACCAGCAGCACCGACGCUCCCCAGCCUCCCCCCACCCACCACCACCCUUCUCGCACAGGAAUCCGGCUUUCAACCAGUUGCCGCAUUUGUCCAACAGCUUGAACAAGCCCCCAUCCCCCUGGGGUCCGGCCAGCUACCAGAGCCCCUCUCCAUCCCCUGGCUCCUCCACCUCUUGGAGUCCUGGAGGAGGCUACGGAAGUGGAGGCGGUGGCUGGGGAGGAUCUCAGGGCCGAGAUUAUCGUCGUGGGCUUAAUGGAGGGAUGACUCCCAUCAAUUCCAUCUCUCCACUGAAGAAGACCUUCCCUAACAACCACGUGGCAUCCCAGAAGUACCCCAGAAACAGUCCCGCCGGCUUCAACCCAAAGUCAUGGAUGGAUGAUGGAGUAGGUCGUGAUAACAUUUUCCCUUUUCAGGAACGAACCAGGUCAUUUGACAGCUUCAAUAUGAACACUCUGGAGAACUCCCUGAUCGACAUCAUGAGAGCUGAGCAAGACACCCUGAAAGGUCGUCUGGGGUUCCCUCACCCUGGGGCGGACAACCCUCUGCCCCUCAACGCCAGGAAUUAUAGCAGGAGACGAGGCCACUCCUCGCUCUUUCCAAUGGAGGACAGUUUCCCCGAUGAUGAGCGAGCUGACCAGGGUCUCGCGGGCCUCGGCUCCCCACACUGCUUCCCACAUCAGAACGGAGAGCGCGUGGAACGCUACUCUCGCAAGGUCUUUGUUGGCGGACUGCCCCCAGACAUAGACGAAGAUGAGAUAACUGCCAGCUUCAGGCGUUUUGGACACCUGUUUGUGGACUGGCCUCACAAAGCAGAAAGCAAAUCCUAUUUUCCUCCUAAAGGCUACGCCUUCCUGCUGUUCCAGGACGAAAGCUCGGUGCAGGCCUUGAUCGACGCCUGUAUCGAGGAGGACGGCAAACUGUAUCUCUGCGUUUCCAGCCCUACCAUUAAAGACAAGCCAGUACAGAUUCGCCCGUGGAACCUGAACGACAGCGACUUCGUGAUGGACGGAUCUCAGCCUCUGGACCCGAGAAAAACCAUCUUUGUGGGAGGAGUUCCCCGUCCGCUCCGUGCAGUGGAACUGGCCAUGAUCAUGGACCGCCUGUACGGUGGAGUUUGCUACGCAGGCAUCGACACGGACCCAGAGCUGAAGUACCCCAAGGGAGCGGGGCGGGUCGCCUUCUCUAAUCAGCAGAGCUACAUUGCUGCUAUCAGUGCUCGCUUUGUACAGCUGCAGCACGGAGAAAUCGAUAAACGGGUGGAAGUGAAGCCAUACGUGCUCGACGACCAGCUGUGCGAUGAGUGCCAGGGGACCCGCUGCGGCGGCAAGUUCGCGCCGUUCUUCUGCGCCAACGUCACCUGUCUGCAGUACUACUGCGAGUACUGCUGGGCGGCCAUCCACUCCCGCGCCGGCCGCGAGUUCCACAAGCCCCUGGUGAAGGAGGGAGGCGACCGGCCGCGCCACAUCUCUUUCCGCUGGAACUGAGCGACGGAGAGGGAGAGGCGACAGAGAAGCAGGGGAAGGAGAGGUAGUGCAGGAGUCGCAAAUCAUUGUACAAAUAAAUGCACUUUUCUGUUGCUGGUUCCUUUUUUGCUCUAAUUUCACCUAACAGCAUUUUGUUUCUGGUUUUAUUUAAAGUUAAUAUAUAUCAAUAUUUUGGAGAUAGAAAAGAAAAACUGGAAUUGUAUCCAAAUAUGUCCAUUUAGGGGGAAAAAAUGUAACAUAAUUUUAUUUUUCUUCUGAUUUUUUGAAAUAUUUUUAUUAGUUCUCAAAAAAGAUAUAUAUAUAAAUAUAGGAAAGUUUUGAUGUGUGAUAUGGUACUCUGCUAUUCAAUUGGCAUAUUUUUCUAAAAAGAAUAUUUCCUUUUGAUACAAGAGGCCCUUAAAAACACCUUUGAUUUGACAUUCAGCUGUCUUAUAUUGUAGCAGAGCUGUUGCCUUUUUCCUUUUGUACAAAGUCUUCACAGCAAAUGCUGCUGAAAAAGUGCGUCAUUGGCUAUUUAUUUCUGAGACGUGGGAUUAAGUUUGCUAUUGCUGCAAGAAGCUCCAGAGCAAAUGUGAUUAACAAAGGUGUUGCUGAAGAAGAGUGCACUUAUUUCUUGUUUUAAAGAGUGAAGACACCGUAUAUGAGACCCUUUUGUAGUUAACCAAAGCUGAAUUCUAAUUAACUUUGAAGAACAGAAAGGGCCCACUGCAGGAAGAAAUGGAGUCUUUUCUCUCCCUGUUUGAAAGAAGAAAA